UCUUGAUUCUUGUGCUGUAUUGGUAGGGAGCACAGCGGAGAGGACAGCAUUGGCUGUUGUAUUUUUCUUUUUCUUUUUUUUUUUUUUUCUUCAUAAGGGUCCCAAACUACACAGAGAUUUGGAAUAUUGCGUUACAGUCCUGCAGAAAGAUGGCGACUGUCAUUCAUAAUCCAUUAAAAUCGCUUGGUGACCAGUUCUAUAAGGAGGCUAUUGAGCACUGCCGUAGCUACAAUGCCCGCCUCUGUGCUGAGCGCAGCGUCCGUAUGCCCUUCUUGGACUCGCAAACUGGUGUGGCACAGAACAACUGUUACAUCUGGAUGGAAAAGUGCCACCGUCGACCAGGCCAAGCAGCAGGACAGAUGUAUACCUACCCUGCUCGUUGCUGGAGAAAGAAGAGGCGACUCCACCCUCCCCUGGAUCCCCAGCUCCGCCUGUGUGAGCUUCGACUAGAAGCAGAGCUAGCCCCCAAGCGUGAGGGGCCACCAGGGGAGGCCACAGCCUUGGAGGCCCUCUUGAGGGGGGACAGCCUGCUGGAGAAAAAAAACAGUCUCAGUAAGGACGAGGAGACGUUGCUGGAAAUCCAGAGAGUGCUGGAAGCAGAGGAAAAUGGAGACAGUUUCCAUGAUGAUGAAGACUUUGAACUUGAUACACCGAAGAGGAAGAACAGGAACAGAGGCAAAACCAGAGGGUCGACUCGCAGAAGGUCAGAAAAUGUUAAUAAUGACGACCAGGACAAACCCUACGUCUGUGACAAUAGAUACAAACAAAAGCAUAACUCAAAAAAGGCUGAAGAAGUCUGUGGAAAGCGCUACAAGAACCGACCUGGCCUGAGUUACCAUUAUACCCACACUCACCUGGCAGAGGAGGAAGGUGAAGAGGAGAAGGAAACAGACAUGGCCCCAUCUUCUCCACAGAGCGUAGACAACCACAAAACUCAGAAAAGCUCAGACGGCACCGUUAUCCCCAACGACUACUGUGACUUCUGCCUGGGAGACCAAGACUCCAACAGGAAAACUGGACAGGCUGAGGAGCUGGUGUCCUGCUCUGACUGCGGACGUUCUGGUCACCCUACAUGCCUACAGUUCACUGAAAACAUGAUGCAGGCAGUAAGGACAUACCAAUGGCAAUGCAUCGAGUGCAAGUCUUGCAGCCUCUGUGGCACCUCAGAGAAUGAUGACCAGCUGCUCUUCUGUGAUGACUGUGACCGAGGAUAUCACAUGUACUGCCUGAAGCCACCAAUGACCCAGCCUCCUGAAGGAAGCUGGAGCUGUCACUUGUGUCUGGACCUGUUAAAAGACAAGGCCUCAGCCUACGGAGAAGCAUAAUAACUCCCCCUUGAAUCACAUGUGCACACAAGAUAUGUGUUUGUACAUGUACAGUAACUGUUAGACAUGCAAACACAUCUGGGGAAAAACUUUUAAAUGGAAUAAAAAACACUCACAUAUGCACACACACUGACAUGCACACACAUUCCAUUGCAUUAGCAGGCUCAGGGCAGUUUCCUGUGUGAGGAACAGAGAUCCUCUACCUCUCAUAAAGCCAAGCAACACUCAACAGAUGCAAAUACCAUCAGCAUGCAAUCUCCGCCACAAGUCGACUAACAGCAGAUCUGCCGUUCAGUCAUUUGUCUACCUCACCACUCAGCAGACGAAGAAGCCAAAGCAAGAUUGAUAACGGUCAAUACUGUCUUAUACAUGAGUAUGUAAAAACAGGCUUAUUUUAAACCAGACAUUUCUGGAUAUUUUCCAUCCUGAUUAAAAUUUAUUGGAGUGAUAUAUAUAUUUGGAAGGCAUUUGCUUAGGCUGUAUCAGUUCUUUCUUCUGCUGCUUGAAAGCUCCAGCCGGGGGGGAACUCGAGUGAGUUUGAGUAAUGUUUGUUUAAGUUUCACCUUCCAGCUCCAUGUGUUUAGACUUCGCAGUGACAUUCCUGUUUUAUAUCUGGACAGACUCAGUGUUCGUUAUACCAUCUUUCACAGGUUUUUGUCAAACUUUGUGAAAUUUAUAUCCACUGCUGAGAGGAAAUAGGCGAUAAAGCAGCUUUGACUCUCAGUCCUUUUGGAGCAUGGCGGGGUUUUUAAUUUGCAUCUGUUUUUGGUAUGCUUGCAGUUACUAGGAUACAGUGGUGCUCAGUGUAACACUUAAACAAUUUCUCUUUUUUUUCAUAGAAUAAUACAUUUAUUUAUACAUUACUGAUAAUGGUUCAAUCUUACUGUCAAGAAGAUCAUUGUUACUGUAAAUGUGUGGUCCCCAAACUGUUUCUGUUCAUAUUCCACCUUACAGGUAAUUUAGAUCAGCUAAAUACAAAUACAUAAACAUAUUUAAAGACUUAUAAUGAUAGUGUGGUGCUUGUAUUGAAGUAUGACUUAAAUCCAGACAAGUAGCGAAGUCCUUAACAAGUUAAUUUGGUUCCAGCAGCAGUUUUAAGGAAUUUCAAUGGCUGAAAGCUUUGCUUUUGGUUUAAAGCUAAUGCUAAACUGUGUUGCUGACAAAUAAACCACAGACAGAAUAAAUGGAGGUUAAAAUUUACAGUAAAUAUUAACAUAAAUAUGAUAUUAGAUAGCUAAUAUUAGAAGACAAAGAAAAUCACCACACUCUUUUCAUGCCAAAUACUAAAAGUUUUAAUGCCGAUUUCAAGUGUUUGGAACUGCAUAGCUGCAGGGACCAGCUGUGCUUAGUUACGGUUGCCAAGCUGUGAUUGGACAUUCACUUUUCAGUGUCUGUGAUAAGUCAUUUAUUGGUAUUAUUUACUCCAGUAUCACGUCUGUGUUUAAUAGCUUCAAUGAAUCUGCUGUAGGGAAAAAAAAAGGUUUCAUAUUUUUGUUGUUUCUCCCCAGGUUUUAACCCCAGAUAAUGCGCAACACCUCUGUGCACCUAAAGAGUGGCCCUCCCCACAGCUGGAGGGCCACUGCUGUAAAUUAACCAUUGCAAACACAUUUAUUAUCAAACCACCAGGCUCUCUAUAACCUGAAGCAGUAUUUACUGCUGUAUGCUGUUGGAAACUGCCACAGUUCUUGUGAUAUAAGUGCUGACAGAACCAACAAAUUAUAUUCUACCCACUCUGCAUCUAUUUAUCAGUGUUUUUAGGGAUUCUAUGUUUUUUGUUGUUUUUUUUUUU